AUGUCAUGCCGGGAAACGAGCCCGCGGGCCGGGCCCCCGGCCACCACCCGGGCGCAAAGCNUGGUGGCGCCCGCCACGGCCGCCUACCGUGAGGUGUGGCAGGUGAACCUGAAGCCCAAAGGCUUGGGCCAGACCAAGAACCUGACCGGCGUGUACCGCCUGUGCCUGUCGGCGCGCACCAUCGGCUUCGUGAAGCUCAACUGCGAGCAGCCGUCGGUGACCCUGCAGCUCAUGAACAUCCGCCGCUGCGGCCACUCGGACAGCUUCUUCUUCAUCGAGGUGGGCCGCUCGGCCGUCACGGGCCCCGGCGAGCUGUGGAUGCAGGCCGACGACUCGGUGGUGGCGCAGAACAUCCACGAGACCAUCCUGGAGGCCAUGAAGGCGCUCAAGGAGCUCUUCGAGUUCCGGCCGCGCAGUAAGAGCCAGUCGUCGGGGUCGUCGGCCACGCACCCCAUCAGUGUCCCCGGCGCGCGCCGCCACCACCACCUGGUCAACCUGCCUCCCAGCCAGACGGGCCUGGUGCGCCGCUCGCGCACGGACAGCCUGGCCGCCACUCCUCCGGCCACCAAGUGCAGCUCCGGCGGCUGCGGUGGCCGCGCGAGCAAAGUGCCGCUGGCGCCAGCAGGGGGCGCCCUGCAACACAGUCGUUCCAUGUCCAUGCCCGUGGCGCACUCGCCCCCGGCCGCCACCAGCCCCGGCAGCCUGUCGUCCAGCAGCGGGCACGGCUCGGGCUCCUACCCACCCCCUCCAGGCCCACACCCUCACCUGCCGCAUCCACUGCACCACCCCCCAGGCCAGCGACCCUCCAGCGGCAGCGCCUCCGCCUCGGGCUCCCCCAGCGACCCUGGCUUCAUGUCCCUGGAUGAGUAUGGCUCCAGCCCUGGCGACCUGAGAGCCUUCUGCAGCCACAGGAGCAACACGCCCGAGUCCAUCGCGGAGACGCCCCCGGCCAGGGACGGCAGCGGAGGCGAGCUCUAUGGGUACAUGACCAUGGACAGGCCUCUGAGCCACUGUGGCCGCCCCUACCGCAGGGUCUCAGGGGACGGCGCCCAGGACUUGGACAGAGGGCUGAGGAAGAGGACUUACUCUCUGACCACACCUGCCCGGCAGCGGCCAGUCCCCCAGCCCUCCUCCGCCUCCCUGGAUGAAUAUACCCUGAUGCGGGCCACCUUCUCUGGCAGCUCAGGCCGUCUCUGCCCCACCUGCCCCGCAUCCUCUCCCAAAGUGACCUACCACCCCUAUCCAGAAGACUACGGGGACAUCGAGAUUGGAUCCCACAGGAGCUCCAGCAGUAACCUGGGGACUGAUGACGGCUACAUGCCCAUGACCCCUGGUGUGGCCCUCAUGGGUGGUGGCAGCGGCAGCUGCAAGAGCGACGACUACAUGCCCAUGAGCCCCACCAGCGUGUCUGCCCCGAAGCAGAUCCUGCAGCCCAGAGCUGCCGCCGCAGCCUUGCCCCCGACAGGAGCGUCAGUGCCCGCGCCCAUCUCUGCAGCCGGCAGGACCUUUCCAGUGAACGGCGGCGGCUACAAGACCAGCUCUCCGGCGGAGAGCUCCCCCGAGGACAGUGGCUACAUGCGCAUGUGGUGUGGCUCCAAGCUGUCCGUGGAGAAUGCCGACAGCAAGCUGCUUCCCAACGGGGACUACCUCAACAUGUCCCCCAGCGACGCGGGCGCCACCGGUACCCCUCCUGACUUCUUCUCAGCAGCCUUGCACGGUGCGGGGGAUAUGCUCAAAGGCGUCCCUGGCUACUGCUACAGCUCUUUGCCCCGCUCUUACAAGGCCCCCUACUCCUGCAGUGGGGACAAUGACCAGUACGUGCUCAUGAGCUCCCCCGUGGGGCGGAUCCUGGAAGAGGAGAGGCUGGAGCCGCAGGCCCCCACGGGGACCACCCAGUCGGCCAGCGCCUUUGGGGCCGCCGGGGGUGGCCACACCCAGCCUCAUCACCCAGUGGUGCCUUCACCGGUGAGGCCAAGUGGCAGUGGUGGUGGCGGCCGCCCAGAAGGCUUCCUGACCCAGCGCUGUCGGGCGGUGCGGCCCACGCGCCUGUCCCUCGAGGGGCUGCAGACCCUGCCCAGCAUGCACGAGUACCCUCUGCCCGCAGAGCCCAAGAGCCCUGGCGAGUACAUCAACAUCGACUUCAGCGAGGCAGGGGCCCGCCUGUCACCGCAUGCCCCUCCGCUGCUCGCAUCGGCCGCCUCGUCGUCCUCGCUGCUGUCGGCCGGUAGCCCAGCCUCGUCCCUGGGCUCGGGCACCCCGGGCACCAGCAGUGACAGCCGGCAGCGCUCCCCGCUUUCCGACUAUAUGAACCUCGACUUCAGCUCGCCCAAGUCACCCAAGUCGGGCACCCAGAGCGGGGACCCCGUGGGCUCCUUGGAUGCCCUCCUCUCCCCUGAGGUCACCUCCCCGUGCCCGCCACUGCCCCCGCGUCCUUCCGCCUCGCCCUCCUCCUCUCUGCAGCCGCAGCCGCCACCCCCAGGGGAGCUGUACCGCCUGACUCCAGCGUCAGCCUCUGCCGCCUCCCAGGGCCCAAGCGCUGCCUCCUCGUCGUCCUCUGAGCCUGGGGACAAUGGUGACUACACCGAGAUGGCCUUUGGCGUGGCUGCCACCCCGCCACAACCCAUUGCGGCACCCCCAAAGCUGGAAGGCGCCCGAGUGAGCAGCCCGACGUCAGGCGUGAAGAGGCUGAGCCUCAUGGAUCAGGUGUCGGGGGUUGAGGCCUUCCUUCAGGCCGGCCAGCCCCCAGACCCACACAGGGGGGCCAAGGUCAUCCGUGCAGACCCACAGGGAGGCCGCCGCCGCCACAGCUCGGAGACCUUCUCUUCUACCACCACUGUCACCCCCGUGUCCCCAUCCUUCGCCCACAACCCUAAGCGACACAACUCGGCUUCUGUGGAAAACGUCUCUCUCAGGAAAAGCAGCGAGGGCAGCAGUGGGGGUGUCCUCGGUGGGGGACUUGGUGGAGGUGACGAGCCCCCCACAUCCCCCCACCAGUUGCAGCCAUCGCUUCCGGUGCCCUCACUCCCACCGCAGGCUCGGCCGUGGCCCCCGGGUCAGCCUGGGGGCUUGGUGAGCUGUCCUGUAGGCAGUGGCUCUCUGAUGCGCAGAGAGACCUCUGCCGGCUUCCAGAAUGGUCUCAACUACAUUGCCAUCGACGUGAGGGACGAGCCGGGGCCAUCGCCGCAGCCGCAGCAGCACCCACAACAGGGAGAUAAGAGCUCCUGGGGCCGGACCCUUAGCCUCGGGGGUGUCAUCAGUGCUGUGGGGAGCAGCAGCUCCAACGGGGCGUGUGGCGGGGUGGGCCCUGGCACCCUGACCUCUGCCAACACCUAUGCCAGCAUUGACUUCUUGUCCCAUCACCUGAAGGAGGCCACUAUCGUGAAAGACAUGCACGACCUGUCUAGGAAAGCCCCCUUCCCUUCAUGUGCAAAGGAGGCUUCCUUGCCGCCAGCAGCCCCCAGCGCGCACAGCGCCGCUCCCUGCGCCGAGAACCCCCUGCUGCUGGACCCCCUGCCUUCCGCUGUGGUGGCCAGUGCAGUUGGAGGAGGGAAACCCCACGUGGCCGGGCAGCUCUGUGUUACCAACCCAUCAGGCUGAUGUGGGAGUCCGCUCCAGAGUGAAGACCUGUGUGGCUUUAUCACCAGGAUGUUUCCUAUCAGAGAAUAUCAUAAAAAGGAGAUGCUCGGCAUUUUUUUCAGCCUGAAGCUGCUUGCAGUUUUCUUUUGGAUCUGAGCAGUGACAACAUCGUGAAACAUCUGUGACUGCAUCAGGACAAGGAGCCAGUGAGGCAGGAUCACCUGCCUCCCCUUGUUCCAUGCGGGGCAGUCAUCAUUGUGCUAUUUGUGUUGUGUUUUGUUUUGUUUUUUUAACAAAAUCAGUUGAAGUCGUUCUCAAGAAAACUGGGUAUUUUCAUUGGCCCUCUUAAAUGGUGGCCAGUGUCUUAAUUUCUCCUUAUUUCCAUUUUGGCAAAGCAAAUUUAUCCCUCAGCAUGCUAGGAGAUUCUACCAAUACCUAUUAAAGUGGUAAAAUCUGGUAUUUGCUGGCAUACGCUCAAACCUACCACAGUCCUACCUCAGUUCAAGGUAAAGCCAGAUUUGCGGGGUGGGUACGGCAGGACCUCCCACGCGGCUCUGCCCUGAGUGUCGGAAGCUCGGUCAUCGGCCUCACUGAGCUGGUUCCAAGCAGGAACUGCUGUGGGACUCCCACCCAGGUACCUGCGACGUUGACCACACACAGAGCCCAUUGUGAGACUGACGUUUCUCACAGAUGUGAAAUCUGGGAUUGGACUUUGAAGACAGAUUAAUAAAUAAUAACUAUGAUAUGUAACCGAAGCAACCUACUUUUGAAAAUCAUCAACUGUAUUAAGUAGGGGAUGGGAGGGAAGGGAUUUGGGAAGGGAAUGAAUAUCUCUUUUUACCUUUAACAGACUUGUUUAAUCUCUUAUGUAGAUGUUUAUGUAGGAACUUCAAAUUGCAAGAGCCUUUUAUCGUAUCUACAAGCUCAACGUCUCUGCUGCCCCUGAUCUUGGGCUUGCGUUUCUUUAACCAAAAAUUCACGUAGGCAUGCUAGCAGUUCAAGGGUGGUCCAGGUCUGGCUGAUUGCAUUUAAAAAGUAUCUUUAAUAUAAUGCUAUUGUGUUGGCCAAGGAGGCUGUCCUGAACAAAAAAAGACAAAACAGAAAAGAAAGAAACUAACAAAAGAGAGGCAUUCUGGCCUCUGUGCUAUUAAUGGAAAAAGAAGGAGAAACCAAUCUCUCGGUACAUGUCACUUGUCGAAACAAUUCCUGACAAGACUGCCCUUGUUUUAUGUUUUCAGUGUUCUGAAAAUAUCAGUGUUGUGGCGAUUAUCACAGAUGGCACCCUAAAACUGCUGAACUUGACCAGCAGAAUGUUGUCAUCCUGCUGCUGCUCCCUGGCACGUGCUUGGAGGGCUGACCCUUCCUCCCGCGGUGCACCCAGUGCCUGUCUUCUCUGAUAGUCAUGUAGAGGUUACACUAAUUCAUCGGGGAUGUGAGUUGUUGGUUUUUUGUUUUGUUUUGUUCUUUGCAGAAAAAAAUAUAUAAAUAUAUAGAUAUAUAUCACUAUAGAAUAAUGCAUUAAUACAAUGAGGCUUUUUUAGAGGAAGACCAAAAACUUCAAUGUGUUAAAAAUAUAUUUAGUGGCAAUGCAGAAGUCUUCCUGCGUCCAUGCUGAACUUUUAGAACAGAAGAUUGUAUUGCAAGACGAAGUUGAAUGUAAAGUGAUCCCCUGAACAUUUUUAAGGUUUUACUUUUCUGAAAUUACACAUCACAGCAGUGCAUAGGCCAUACAAUGUUAGUUUGAAGGUCAAUUUCAGUGUAUGAUAUACUUUAUUAAGGUGUAUACAGUGUCCUAAAGACUUUAUUUAGUUUUGGGAAUAGGCGUGGGUGGGUGGUAUUUGCUCUAUAACUCCCCCAGAUACAUACAAUAGGACUGAACAUGGACCCUGCCGAACACAGUGUAUUGACAUAUAUUUACUAGCCUUCUAUGCUUAGAGUAGCCAUGACACUACCCAAGUGGUUCAUGUUCACACUGCAAUUUAGAGCAAGCAAAAAAUGGAUCAAGUACUAAAUUUUCCUCUAUCCUAUACAUUUCAAAAGAAAAAAAGGCAUAUGCAAUAUUUACAUUUUUAAUUUAGUUUACAGAAUGGAACCAAAAUGUAUAAAUGUUAUGUUUGCUAAAACUUCACGAUGUAUAUUGGGUCUUUGUACAUUUUGCCUGACUUACCUUAAAUUUAAAAUAUUUUUUGCUAUAUAAACUUUAACAGUUAUUAAACAGUGUUUUCUUUUUGGGUACGUAUUGUUUCUGGAUAUCAAGAUGUUAAAUAUAUUUCUUGCUAUUGUGAUAUGACAAGAGACUUAACUUAUCUUGCUGUGUCUUCCACUUACACGCUGUAUAUAGGGGUCGACGUGACGCUGCGGGAGACAAGAAUAAACUGGACUAGAAUAGUGCAUUGUAUUUAGUCUGUAUUGAUCAUGGAUGCCCUCCUUAAUAGCCAUAUGCAAUAAAAUAAAAUACAUUAUUUAUGAAAUGAA